AUGCGCCUUAUUUUCUCGUCGUUGUUCUUCUCUCUUUUGCUUUGUUCAAUUGAAGGAAGAAACAAUAUUCCCUUGACUGAGGAAGAAGAUCUGGAGUUAGAGAAAGAACUCCAAAGCCUAAACAAACCCCCGGUCAAAACCCUCAAGUCCUUCACUGGGGAUCUUUUUGACUGCAUCGAAAUGUACAAACAACCUGCAUUCGACCAUCCUGCUCUGAAAGAUCAUAAGCUACAGAUGCGGCCAAGUUUUCAAACGGAGAACAAUGUGACUAUGGAUGAAAAACUUGAAUUACUUUUAGAUCCAGGCUUCAAUGAUACUUGUCCUCCAGGAACUGUUAUCAUUCGUCGAACUCGUAAAGAAGAUCUAAUCAUGGCGAAAGAACUACCCAAAUAUUUCAGGAACUAUGGCUCUAGAUAUCGGGUUCUUAAUUCUUCCGGCCAGAAUUAUUAUGCAAUAGUGCGGAGCCAGAAAGGUCGUUUCCACGGUUUUCAAUCAAAGCUCACUACGUGGGCACUCCCAAAUGUGGGACGAGAUCAAGCCUCUGCAAAUCAAGUAUGGAUAUACGGAGACAUGGAUGAUCCUCAUGUGAAUGUUAUUCAAACAGGAUGGCACGUUCUUCCCAAGCUAUAUAACGAUGCUUUUACUCGUUUUUUCACUUUUUUUACGAUCAACGGUUACCAGAUACUAAAGGAUCGUGACCCUGGUAACUGGUGGUUGAAAAUGGGGGGUAUGAAUCUUGGAUAUUGGCCAAAGGAGCUUUUACCUAAUUUAGAGAAGGCGAAAGGGAUAGACUUUGGAGGAGGAGUGUUUACUCACAACAAUGAGGCGUCUCCUCCCAUGGGGAAUGGUCAUUUUCCUCAAGAAGGGAUUGGCAAAGCCUGCUAUUUUAAGCAAGCACAGUACAUGGGGGAAGACCAGCGACCUUUCCUUCCGACUCCGGAAUGGCCGGCGCAUUCGGCAAAGAAUGCAGAUGACAAAUAUUAUCAAAUUUUAGGAGAUAAUCCAGUCAGAGGUUCUUGGGAUGUUUCUUAUGGUGGACCCGGAAGAAGCAUUCCCUUAACUGAGGAAGAAGACUUGGAGGUAGAGAAAGAACUCCAAAGCCUCAACAAACCCCCAGUCAAAACCCUAAAAUCCUUCACCGGGGAUCUUUUUGACUGCAUCGAAAUGUACAAGCAACCUGCAUUCGAUCAUCCUGCUCUGAAAAAUCAUAAGCUACAGAUAAGACCAAGAACUGUUAGCAUUCGUCGAACUCCAAAAGAAGAAUUAAUCAUUGCGAAAGAAAUACCCAAAUACUUCAGGAACUAUGGCUCUAGAUAUCGUGUUCUUGAUUCUUCAGGCCAGGAUUAUUAUGCGAUAGCUGAGAGCGAGAAAGGUCGUUUCCAUGGCUUCAAUCAAAGCUCACUACGUGGGCACUCCCAAAUGUGGGGCCAGAUCAAAUCUCUGCAAAUCAAGUAUGGAUGA